GGGGGGACCUCGCGGCUGGCCAGAGCGAGGUCUUCAGUCUUCUUGCGGGUCAACUGCUGACACCUCCCGGCCGGCCCGUGACUGCUGGAGCGAAAGGUGCUGCUGUUGCGAAAGGCCACGGACAUCGCUCGCCGCGCCCGCCACCAUGCGCCAGAUCCUCGCGCUGUUUCCCGUCCUCGCCUUCCUCCUGCAGCCGGUAGUGGGGCCUCUGCCGACGAAGGAGGAGCUAUGCAGUACGGUCGUGGACAUCGAAGUGAGGAAACUGUGCCUCGAUUGCUUCACUGAUGCAGGGAGUUUACAAGAGUCACCAGAUGAGUUCCGGUUCUGUGUUGGCAGCUACCUUCCUCAGUCACUCGCCGAUUGCAGUGUACCUCACCAUGAAAAAAAGGGCCAUGCAACACGCCCAGCCCAACGUGCACCACAACCACACCAACGCCAACCUCAUGCCGCGAUGCCUCACCAAGAGCCUGGAGCGUCUUCAGCGAUACCUGGAGAGGGAGAACAUCAUCGCCAGGAGCGGAGGGCGGAUCGUGAAGGCCGUCGCCACCUCGAACCUGGUGAAGGACGGAGGCCCGGUGCUCAUGGGCGUCGUCGCGCAGAACAAGCUCCUGAGCAGAGGGAUGUUAAGUCCAUGGUCGACAGCGUGGCGUCCGAAUGCCUGACCAAGUACCACAACCACGGCCACGGCAGCGGUGGCGGGACAAGGAGCAGGAGGAUGAGUGUGAGGACUCUGGAGAAGGCUUUGACUCUCGAUCUUGAAGAAGCAGCAGAAGAGGACGCCGCAGAGGACUUCUCAUCCAUCAUCCAUGAGGAUGAUGGAUGGAGAGGGCGUCGGUUCGCGGGCAACAGAGGCAACGGCAAAAUGGGCAAGGCAACGGAAAUGGAGGCAACGGCAACGGAGGCCACGAAGGCAACGGAGGCAACGCAACGGGCAACGCAACGGAGCAAGCGUGGCAACAACCCUUCCCUUCGACGGCAAGGGCCCAUUGGCGGAAUCUAUCCUGAAAGGAUCGAGAACCACUUCGGCUACGAGUUGAUCAGCCUCAUGAGCCGCGAGGAAUUCUUCUUGCCGAUCCCUUCGUGGUGGCUGGAACCUCUCGCCGUCUAUUACAAAGAAUUCAGGGAGAAAUUCGAAAACGGAACGUCUGUUUGA